GAACCGAAAAGGAAAUUCACUGUCACUUUACGUUUGUUGAUAAGUGCCGAUAACGUUAUCGUUAUCAAAGUGGAAUAACAUUACACGUCUUAAUAAAGUAAUUAUACUAUCAGUGCCAGCAUAACGCUAGAUUAAGGCGGUUGUUGCAUUUAAUCAAAUAAUUAACCUAUAAAUUCAAAAAUGGCCUUAUCGAAACCGAUCAUGAAUUUGGUGGCAUCAUACUUGCAAAACCUGUAUUUGAAUCCUAUUAAAACAAAGGCAAUCACAAGCUGUGUUGUGGGAUCAGCAGCUAGCAUUGUGUCACAAGUUGUAGCCGGAGACUGCGUCAGACUUGAUCCAGUCUUAGCUUUUGGAUUAUAUGGGUUGUUAUUUGGUGGUACAAUCCCCCACUACUUCUACAACAUAGCAGAGAGACUGUUUCCCGAAGAUGUAGUAGCCUUCCCUCUAGCAAAGAAGCUAUUAUUUGAAAGGCUGGUAUUCGCUCCGUUCAUGCAGGCCUUCUCGCUCUACACCUUGGCCAGGUUUGAGGGCAAGAACCACUCCGCUGCCGUUAAACAGCUGUAUGCGUUGUACUCAACGGUUCUAGAAGCCAAUUGGAAAUGGUUGACACUGUUCCAAGUUAUAAAUUUGGCAUUUGUGCCUCCAAUGUUGCGAGUACUGUUCAUGAAUUUAGUUGGUUUCGGCUGGGCAAUGUUCCUGGCUACGAAGAGACGCCAACGCCAACAGAAGGAGGAAAGAAAGGAGUAAUAAACUAAACAAGAAAUGAUACUAUAUGGUGGGGGCUUUAAACAAUGGCAUCAAAUGUCAUGCCUUAUUAUUUUAAGUUAUAGCUGUUGAUGACUUUACACAUUGUGGGACUGGGACCAUGUUAUUGUUAAUAGGUCUAGCAAUUCUAGAAAAUCAAACAGGCCGACUAAGGUACUAUAAUAGCUCUAGGUCACAACUUUUAUUUAUAUAUAUAUGCUAAGCAAUUGGUUUACAAACUGAUUGGGCAUUUGGUUGUGUAAGUGAUACCUAAAACAAAUGUCAGACAAUCAUUGAUUAUUAAUAAUUACAUACUUUAAUAGUUGGCAAUAUCAAUACCUCAAAGAAGAUAAUUAUAUAUAUAAUGGUAUUUAUCAGAAAUACUACCUAUCUUCUUUAUCAUGUUAAAACAUAAGUUUAAAAGUAUAUGAAUGUUAUUAUUUUUCUACUCGUUUUAAGAUAAAAUCAUGUCAUGAUAAAACUGUUGGCACUUACAGGGAUUUUUAUAUUGAUGUAUAAUAAUAGUUAAAUUGAAUGUUUGGCGUCCAUAAGCGGAACUAAUGAGUUUAGAGCUUUGUGACUGAAAUAACAUCUAGAAUUGUAAAAUGUAUUUUUGGCAUUAUCUUCUUAGUAAGUAUUGACCAUUCCAUUGGACUAAUGUUAUUAAUGCUAUAUACUUUUAUUGUUGCUAUUGUCAUAGUAAUUCUAGUAUGUAUAUACUUAUGGAAUAUGUUGUUUGCUGUUAUUUCUAGUGAUGUGAGGGAACUAUUUCAUGCUUAAGAAUAAGGUAAGCUAAGAAAUGUUAUAAUAAUGAAACAAAUGGCUAAAUGGAAUGUAUUUAUUUGACAACAGCAAUUGGAUCCAUUAUAUUUUUUUAUGUAUUUGUCUACCCACUUAUUUGAGAAAUUGUUUCAACUUAUAUUACGGUAGCUGGCAAUACCAACUCAUUAUUUAUGGUGCAUUUAUUGAGAUUCGUUAUGAUCAAAUACUUAUAUUUUAUUUAAUAUCGUGUAUAUCAUACAAUACAUUGUAUUUUGUUAUAA